AUGCAUAUCAGCUUUGAUAGUAUCAGCUUCUACCAUCCUCCUCCUCCAAAACUUCAAACUACUGUGUCUGCUUCCCGUUGGAAAUUGUACAAGGCUCCUCCAGCUCCACACAGCCUUUCACGCCCUCUUCCACCCAAACCCCCUAUCCUUAUAGCAAAUAUCCCGAUCUCAGAUAAACAGCCAACUGCUGUCCAGCAAUCCCAAAAUCCUACAGAAGAUAAGGCUUCAGCAGUACCAGCAUUCCGUAAUAUAUUUAAUAUUAAACUCAGGAGAGUCUCGAGAGAGUAUUUAUAG